AUGGCGCCUCAAUUCUCCUCUGGGCUAAACAUGCCAAACAAGAGCUCUACGGGACCAAAGCCGGGCAAUGCUUUCGGACAGAAGCGCAAGAAGAAUAUUUUCGAUGACGACUCCGGAGAUGAAGAUCAACAAAAUGACGGCGCAGUUGAAGUGUCUACUAUCGGUGAACUGGAUGCGCCUGCACCGAAACCGAAGCUCUCAACAAACGCCGGACCGCCUCCCAAGCGGAAGAUGCAAAUGGGGCUUGGUGGCAAGCCUGGCGCAAAACCGCUGAACAAGUCCUCGAUAUUCGCCCACGAUGAAGACGCAGAUGAAGAGAAGGAGAAAGAGCGACAAGGGGAAGUGCAGUUCGGAUUGAACCAGACACAAUCGAAGAAGUCGACGGGUCCCGGCCAGGACUUCAAGAACUUGUCUGCGCUACACAGCAGCAAGAAGCACGCUAAAGAAGCCGAAGAACUCGAUCCUUCUAUCUACUCCUACGAUGCGGUAUACGAUAGUCUACACGCCAAGUCCGACAAAUCUGCGACUGCCAAUAAGAGCGAAGGACCCAAGUACAUGACCAACUUAUUGCGCAGCGCCGAGAUUCGAAAGCGUGAUCAAACCCGCGCGCGCGAUCGUCAGCUGGCGAAAGAACGCGAGGCCGAAGGUGAUGAGUUUGCGGAUAAGGAGAGUUUCGUCACAGGCGCGUACAAGGCGCAACAGGAGGAGAUGCGGAGAAUGGAAGAAGAGGAGGAACGCCGCGAGAAGGAAGAGGAAGAACGGCGCAAACAGAACGGUGGCGCCGGCAUGGUCGGUUUCUAUCGGGAUGUGCUAUCGCGCGGCGAAGCCAAACAUGACGAGGCUGUGAAGGCUGCUGAAGAAGCCGCGCGCCGUGUCAAGGCUGGCGAAAUCGACGAAGAAACCGCUACAGAAUCCGAAGAGAAGACAGAGGCCCACAAGGCAGAAGAACUCAAUGCUCGCGGUGCUCAUAUUGCCAUCAACGACGAAGGUCAGGUGGUCGACAAGCGCCAGCUAUUGUCUGCCGGACUGAAUGUGGCCCCGAAACCGAAGACAGCACCAUCUGCCGCUCCAGCCAUGGCUUCUCGACCUGGCGCUGGACGACCUGGUGCUGGUGUUGGUUACCAGACUGGCCGUGCUGCCCAGCGAGCCCGUCAGACCGAGAUGAUCGCCAACCAGCUGGAAGAGCAAGCUCGGAAAGAUGAAGAGGCCGAGGCUGCAAGACAAAAGGAGAUUGCAGAGAAGACUCGGAGUCGCAAGACGGCGACCGAUGUUUCCAGUGCGAAGGAGCGGUAUCUGGCAAGAAAGCGGGAGCGGGAAGAGGCUGCUGCGAAGGAGAAAGCCGGAAAAUAG